UUUGAGAUGUUUAUUUAUUUUUAUUAUUAUGUUCUUAUUUGAAAAUUAAAAAUUUUAUAAUAAAAAAUAAAUUAUUACUGUGUUCGUUCGUUUAAAAUAUUUAAUACCGCUGAUUAUAUGAAUUCUGGAAUGUCUAACCUUCAAAACACACAAGUUGAUGCAAUUGCUCAGCAGUGCCUAAAUUUGUUCAGAAUAUUACCGAAAACAGGAAAACCAAUUGAAGACGAAUGGACUGUGAUAUCUUGUAUAGUGCUAUAUGAUACUGAAAGUAACAAUUUUCAUGUGGUAUCUUUAGGUACCGGUUCCAAAUGCAUUGGAGCCAAUAAAAUGUCUCCAUCAGGGGAUAUAUUGAAUGAUAGUCAUGCAGAGGUGUUUGCGAGACGAGGAUUUUUAGUUUAUUUGUAUGAUAACAUUGAUAGUGCUAUAGAAAAUAAAAGUUCAAUAUUUAUACAUGAAGAUGGGCUUUUUCGAUUAAAAAGAAAUAUAACUUUUAUUUUUUAUUCAUCACAGUUGCCUUGUGGAGAUGGUUCAAUUCUGCCUAAGGAUGCAGAUGAGGCGUAUAUUGGAGAUAUUUUGUGUAAGAAGCGUGAUGCUGAAGACAGUAUAUGUGAUACAGCAAUAAAAAAACAAAGAUUAGAAUUCGACAUACAUAGGACUGGUGCAAAAUGCCUUCCUGAUUCCGAUCAGGAUCCUAAAGAGGCUGGUCAAAAUUAUCACAUAGUUGGGCAAGUACGUACAAAACCUGGGCGGGGAGAUAGAACAUUGUCUGUGUCUUGCAGUGAUAAAAUAGCCAAGUGGAUUCAUUUGGGUAUACAAGGCCGGCUAUUAAAUUUGUGUUUAGUUGAACCUAUAUAUAUUAGUUCUUUUAUAUUUGGCGGUGGUGUGCCAUACUCAGAACUGUCAUUGAGAAGAGCUUUCCUGUGUAGAAAUUUAGAUAAUGUAAUAAUAACAAAAAAUAUUCCGAAGAUUUAUCAAAGUUCUGUUAUAUUUCCACACAUAAAAACAGAAAAUCAUUCAAGACCUGCUUCUGGUAGUAUAGUGUGGAUUAAAGGUGAAAAACAGAGCUCUGAAGUGGCCGUAAAUGGACAAAAAUUGGGAGUAACAAAGAAAUCAGCAAAGAUAAUUACACGGUCACUCUGUAUCAGCAAGUGUAAUCUUUAUCGAAGAUUCCAGUAUCAUCUAGAAAAGAAUGAGAUCCUCAAAGAAAAACUUUUCAAUAAUAACCUAGUUGAUAUUCCAUACAAUCAAAUGAAGGCAAAAGCAACAACAUAUGAGAAGAAUUGGGUUAUUGUGAAAAAUAACUUUUUUAAAACAUGGACAGUUAAACCAGAUAUUUGGAAUUUUUGUGUUUCAACUUAAUUAGUUUAGUGAAUUUAAGUACUUUGAAAUAUUAGUGUACAUUAUUAUCAAAAGUCUAUCUAUUUCUCCAUUUGUUUUUGCUAAUCAUUGAAAUGGAUGUACCAAAAAUGACGGAACUAUCCCUUGCAGAUAGCUUAUAACAUAAGGAGUGACCUAAGCUACAUUUAUUUUAGAAAUUUUUAUAUAAUCAAAUAAAGUUAAUGUUCAUGGGGACAAAUGAAUGUACGAAAAUGUUAUAUUUAUACUUAAUUAUAUGUUACCGAUAUUAUUGUUAUUAUAU